AAAUACCUUGUGGCUAUUGUACUGACCGCUGGUACCUAUUUGGUUGUGUGUCAUGGAGCCUGUUUUCGCCAGCUAGCUGAACUGAGUGAAGAACCAGUAAAGGGAUGUCUCUAUAAGGGAAAAUUAUAUCCGCUUGGAAAAUCAUGGAGGACGAAGAGCUGUUAUGACUGUAGCUGUGGCAAAGAUGGGGAUAUGGAGUGCUGUCAAGCUUAUGGAAGACCAAUUAGCAACAACAUAAAUUGCAUAUUCAAAUUUGACCGGAAGGCCUGCAAAUACUUCCUAGUACCAAAUGAAGAUCCUGAAAAGCAAUGCCCUGGAUAUGCCAUGGUGGGCUAA